AAUCCUGGGGCACCAUGUCCCUGGCUUCCUGGUUCAAAUGGAACGAGCCACAGAACCGGGUCUCCCAGAGAAACCCCACUGAGAUGGUGGUGGAGACGCUCAUGAUGGAGCUCAACUGGCAGAUCAAGCAAGCAGAGAAGCAGCAACAUGAGAGGGAAAAUGAAUAUCGCAAGAUAAAGACGGGUGUGGACUAUGGCUGGCUGGUGAGCUACCCAAAGCAUGCCUAUGACAUCAGCCCCACGGAAAGGCUGCAGCUGGAGGACAUGUGCAUCAAGAUCCAUCCACCUUACUGCGGGCCAGUCAUAUUCAGGUUCCGGCAGCUUAUUGCUGAAUAUGAACCAGAGGUGCAUGAAGUCUCCCGGCUCUUCCGCUCGGUCCUGCAAGAAGCCACGGAGAAAAUCAAAGAGGAAGAAGAGGCCAGGAAACUUGCGAGGCAGUGGAACACAAAGCAGAAAAGCAGCGUCUCCCUCAUGUCAUUUAAAUCCCGGGCCAAGAUUUCCCCCUUCAUCAGUGAUAUCAAGACCAUUUCGGAGGAUGUAGAGCGUGGCAGCCAGCCCACCAGAAGAGUGUGGAGCAUGCCAGAAUUUAGGAGUGCCAAGGACUUUUGAUUCCACUAACCGUGAGGUUUUAGACAGUUUUGUUGUGCUGUUUUGUUUUUCUUUCAAGGAUGAAUUAACUAUAUUCCACCCAGGUGUCAUUUCACUUUCAUUCCAGUUUUCUCUCCGUUGG